UCUCUGGUUAAAGAAAAUGAAUUUCACUACACACUUGCUCGGCCUGGUUUUCCUUUUACUUGUCUACCUGGACUUGACCAACUCCUUUGUGGCUUUCACAGCUGCCAGCACCCACGGUAUCUUUGCCGCAAUCGCCGUUCCGCUCGAGUUGCCCCAUCGAAAUGUAUUUGUCUCCUACAAUUUUGAGGCCAACUACAAUUUACCCGCCAACUGGGAGAAAUGGACAAUAUUUCAAAACGGUCCCAUAGAAUCGGAGGAAGUUGUGGAAGAUACGGAUACGGAGACGGAUGCGGAGUCAUCUCGAAAGUUGGCCACUGGGUGCCAAAAUUGCACUGUGGAGGAGAUCGAGGCGGGUAGAGAAGAACAGGAGGAAGUGGAGGAAACCACUGAAAUACCCACCAAAGGUCGCCAGAUUCGAUCUCUGCUCACCCGCUCGAAUAUCUAUCACAUAUUCAUAGAUAAGUUCAAGAGGAGUGGUUUUCAAGGCGAAGCUUGUCUGCUACGUCUGAUUUGUGAGACAAGUGCUGCUCAAUUGGAUGAAUUCAAUGGCGUUCUCGGCAGCCUAGUUCAUGUUUUGUUCAGUCCCAGCACAUCGGAAUCUGAAGACUUGCCCCUGCGUUAUUACCAAGCGGAGCACGACGGUUGGAAUGACCAUUGCCAUUUCUAUGAACCUGGCUGUGGAGAAAGUAUUCUAGAUCUGAUUUCACAACCCUUUGAAGAAAUUCUAAAACACAUUGAAAGCAAUAAAAUAUAA